CCUGAAGCGCAUCGGUUUUACUGACCGUAGACGGGCGACGUAGUCUGCAUCAUUCAUUUGCAAAAUGGCUGACCAUAGGGAAAGGGAUUCAUAUUAUUCGCAAACGGAUUUAAGAUCAAAAAAUGAUGAUCCACCGAAUUCACGUUUAUUUGUUAUAUGUCAUAAAAGUCUGGAAGAAGAUGACCUCAGAAAAGCUUUUGAAAAAUUUGGAAAAAUCGAAGAUAUUUGGGUGGUUAAAGAUCGUAUUACAGGGGAAAAUAAAGGAGUUACAUACAUUAAAUUUUCGAAAACAUCAGAAGCAGCUUUCGCAUUGGAAGAAAUGAAUGGAAAAAUGUUGGGUUCUGUUGGAAGACCUAUUAAAGUAAUGAUUGCAUCAAAUCGUGAUCAAGGAUCUGUCAGAGAAACGAAUGAAGAAGAAAGAUGGGUUCGUUUGUUUUGUGUGUUACCUAAAUCUAUGACAGAUAGUGAACUUCAACAAGAAUUUUUAAAAUUUGGACCUAUUGAAUAUGCAACAGUGGUUAAAGAUAGGAAUACAAAUGAAUCAAAAGGCUUUGGUUAUGUGAAAUUUAAAAAAGUAUCCAGUGCAGCAAAAGCAUUUGAAGAAUGUGAUAGAAAAUAUAAAGCUGUAUUUGCUGAACCAAAAAAACCAAAACCUGAACACAUUGAUGUAAAAUAUAAUAAUGGAUUAUCUUCUCAUUAUGAUAGUACUAGUGGAGGUUAUAGUUCAUCAAAUUUUGGAAAGAGUAGUAUUAGUUUAGAAAUUGCUACAAAUUAUCCUAAUUCUGAAGGUUAUACACAUUUACAAGUAAUUGCACAUCCAGCAUUAAAUCAAGAUCAAUUAUGGAAGUUAUUUGAUAUUGUACCUGGAUUGGAUUAUUGUCAUUUGAAAAAUGAUGUAAGAUACAGAAUGCCAAGAGGUCAGGCUGUUGUCGUAUAUUCUAAUCCUAGUGCAGCAGCAUAUGCAAGAGAAAAAUUUCAUGGUUUUGAAUACCCACCUGGCCAUAGGAUGAUAGUAAAACCAGAUUUAUCAAGUGCACCUCCAAAAAAUGCAAUAAAACCUGGAAGUUCUGGUGGAAUUGCUAGUGCUAGGACAGAUUUAGCACAUUUAGCUGAAACUAUUGCUCAAGCUACAUCUUUAAUUCAAGCUGCAGGAUUAACUGCACCAAGUUUAGAGCAUUCAAUGUGUGUUAAGUUACCACCUGUGCAACCAAUGGCUAGUAUAGAUGCAGAGGUUGCUAAAAGAUGCUUUAUUGUAUGUGGGCCUCCAGUACCUCCCAUAUAUGCUAUGAAGGAUGCUUUUUGCAGAUUUGGAAAUCUUAUAGAUGUUUAUAUGCUUCCAGGAAAAAAUUGUGGUUAUGCAAAAUAUGCUAGUGUGGAAAGUGCAAAUGAAGCAAUUGAGGUUUUGCAUGGACAAGAAAUUUGUGGAUCUCGACUAAAAGUAUUGGAAGCAGAAGAGCGCAAUGUCGGUGAAGAUCGUAGAAAACGAUUACGGACGGACGAAGAUGAAAAUUAAAUUAUUUUUGUAUAUCUCACUGACUGGUAUACACAAGCUGGACGCAAUAAAAGAGACGAAUUUUAAGACUCACUUGACCACGUCGGGCCCGCAUCCAAGGAAACUACUCCAACUACCUACUUUUAACUACCGCUUACGUUCGCGAUUUCAACGUUACUGAAACUUUAACGCUACUUUACUUUAUCCUUACAUGUCGUUACACAUAUACACACAUACACAUGACUUCCUGGUUUUAUUAUUUUAUUGAGGCCUGUGCGAAAAGUGAAAAAGAAAUUAAAUUAAUUUAAAAAUUCAUUUUAUAAAUA